UCCGCGCGCAGUCGAGAUGCGCGCGCCGACGGCGUUUGCCGUCCUCCUGCUGGCUCCUGCUGCCUUGGUGUUUUGUCGACAGGACGACGGGUAUUUCGCCGAAGACGGUUACCAUGACGACGGUUUCGACGUCAUGGACGAGAUGAGCUGCCCGUCGGACCGGCUGCAGCGUUCGCGCGAGAUGUGUCACGUGGGCGGUAUGGACAUGCAGUGUAUCCGCGUGCGGUGCUGCGCCGGGUACCGCCACGUCGCCGGCCGGUGUAUUCCAGAGUCCAUGGACCCGUGCAGCUUGCAGCUGUGUGAGCAGGCGUGCUCGGUGGUGGAGGAGCGGUUGUGGUGCAGCUGCCACCAGGGGUUCCGGUUCGAUGCCGACAGCUACAGACGGAGGACGCAGCCGUAUUGCGUCGACAUUGACGAGUGUGCAGUCGACAACGGCGGUUGUCAGCAGCGGUGUGUCAACGACCCCGGUGGCCAUCACUGCGAGUGCUCCUCACCCUACACCCUGGCCAACGACGGCAGAAAGUGCAUCCAGCCUAUACCCAUCGCGCUACCGGAGCCUCUCCCGCUCAUCCGAGCGUCUUCUCGCUGCUACGCGCCGUGUGACACUGUCUCGUGGCUGUCGCGAAAGGUCAAGCAGUUGACAGACCAGCUGAGGACCACGCAGGGGAUACUGAAGAAGCUGUUGGAAAACCCCGCGUUGAAAGGAGAAGAGGAUGACCGCUUCGCGGAGGGCACGUAUAUGUACCGCGUGCUGGACGCCACAGCGCCGCUAGAGGGCGGGUACUGCCGCUGCGAAAGAGGACCGAGGGGUCCACCUGGCCCACCAGGUAUGGAAGGCCCCAAAGGUGACGCCGGGGCCCGGGGGCCGCGCGGCGCUCGGGGGCCAAAGGGCUCCCUGGACCUCAUGCUGCUGCUGCUGGCUGACAUGCGACACGACAUACAUAACCUGGAGGCCAGGUUGUACAAGGAUGGAGAACGUCCAGAGCGAUUUAAUCUGCAAAAGGCGUGGCGACGACAGAAGAAACUGGAGAAGUUAGACAAGGAGAACAGAAGAGAGCAGGAGCUCGAAGCGUACACCGCGCCGGCCGUGCAGGCCAGAGAUAAUGCGGUUGAUGUCUCGCCUGAAGGAGAAUACAGCGAAGUAUACCACGAAGAGUCGACCACAGAUUCGCGAUCGAUGUACCAGGACAGCACGGAGGCGCAGGAGAUAUCUGAGAUGGACGCGAAGCUGCGCCAGCUGCACAUGCUGGCCAACAUCACGCGGCAGGACGAUGAUGAUGAGCAGGACACAGAUUACGAUUAUAGUUUCUAUUAAAUUAUGUUAAGA